ACAGGAAAGCAGAAAAGAAAUGGAGAAUCCAGUAUUUGAUGAUUAUAGAACUGUUGAAAUAUCUGUACAUGGUAUGACCUGUCAAUCAUGUGUCAAGAACAUCACAUCAAACACAAGAAAGGAUGGGAUUACCAAAAUUACAGUUUCAUUAGAGAAAGAACUUGCUGUUGUAUCAUAUGAUCCAAUGAAAUUGUCAGAGGAUCAAAUUAUUGAACAGAUAAAUGACAUGGGUUUUGAAGCAGGACUUCAAAAUAAAACAGUCGGUGAUGUUGAGGGUGACAUUAAAGUAUUAUUGUUAAAUUUGAAGGGUAUUGAUAGUGACAUCAGAGCCUCAGAGGUCAGUAACGAACUGACCAAAGAAAAUGGGAUUAUCAGCUGUGAUAUUUACGAAAAUAACAACCUUGCUGCUGUAUCUUACCGUCCUUCUGUGAUCAAACCAAAUGCUAUUCAAAGUCAUCUUAAGAAAAAAGCAAUAAUCGGAACAGUUUUAAGCAAACAGAGCACAGAAGAAGCAAAGGAUUCAAUGGAGACAAUAACCUUACAUAUAGAGGGUAUGACAUGUGACUCUUGUACAAAUUCUAUAAAAACAGCUUUGAGCAAGCUUAGUGGUAUAGAGGAAGUGAAAAUUUCUUUGAAGGAGAAGAAAGCUGUUGUGAAGCAUUAUCCUUUGAAGAUAAAAUGUGAAGAAGUCAGAGAUGCAAUUGAUGAUAUUGGGUUUGAUGCAACACUCCUUGAAGAAGCUUUGAGUCGUAAGUCAUCAAUGAGAUCAACUUCAAGUAUCAGUUCUCCUGACAAAGUUGUGAAAUUGGAAAGAAAACCUUCACAAAUAUCAAUUGGUAACAAAGUAAAUAUCCAGAGACAGAGUAGCAAUCAUUCAUUUGAUGAAAUGAAUGUGUGCAAAGCUUUUCUGAAAGUCAGUGGCAUGACAUGUGCAUCUUGUGUAGCCACAAUUGAAAGGAGUCUGAAAAAGAGACCUGGUAUAAAAUCAGCAGUAGUUGCAUUGCUUGCUCAGAAAGCUGAAGUUAACUACGAUAAAACAAUGACAAACAUAGUUGAUAUUGUGAAGCACAUUACAGAUUUAGGCUUCCAAACAUCAGUUCUAGAGGACAAUGCAGAGGGGUACAGUGUUAUAGAGUUAGCAAUUGCGAAUAUGACCUGUGCAAGUUGUGUGGCCCUCAUCGAAUCAAGUCUGUUAAAAGUACGUGGCGUCGUUGAGGCUUCAGUAGCCUUAGCAACAAACAGAGGAAAAUUCACUUAUGAUUCUGAUAAGAUUGGACCUCGCGAUCUGAUUGAGAGAAUUGAAGAUCUUGGCUUCUGUGCGUCAAUAGCAAGUCAUGACCACAGCAAGGAGAGUGCGUUGAAUGAUUCUCGAGUUAUCAAUCAGUGGCGACAAUCAUUUCUAAUUUCCCUGAUAUUUGGCUUACCCGUGCUUGGAAUCAUUAUUGCCUACACGAUUGUUGGAGAACAGAAAGGACCGUACAUCGUUAGAGGGCUAUCGCUUGAAAACUUUCUCCUCUUCAUUCUUUGCACUCCUGUUCAGAUUUUUGGUGGAAGAUAUUUCUACGUAAUGGCGUAUAAGGCAUUGAAGCACGGUGCAACAAACAUGGAUGUACUUAUUGUCAUGGCAACAACAGUGGCCUAUAUAUACUCCUUUGUGGUUCUGUUGAUGGCUGUUAUUCAAGGACCUCCAAUCAGUCCGAUGACAUUCUUUGAAACUCCCCCCAUGUUAUUGGUGUUUAUCGCACUUGGGAGAUGGCUCGAGCAUUUGGCCAAGAGUAAAACAUCAGAAGCCUUGUCAAAGUUGUUGUCACUUCAGCCACCCGAGGCCCUUCUCGUGAAAAUUGAUCCUUCCGAUAGCACAAUCGUGAGUGAAACGCCGAUCGAUGUUAAUCUUGUACAAAGAGGAGAUGUGCUAAAGGUUGUUCCUGGUGCCAAAAUACCUGUCGACGGGGUUGUUUUGGAGGGCAAUUCGAUGGCAGAUGAAUCGUUGAUAACCGGAGAAUCGAUGCCAGUCACCAAGAAGGUUGGUGACCCAUUAAUUGGUGGAAGUAUCAAUCAGACAGGGACACUACUGAUGGAGGCCACCCAUGUUGGCUCUGAGACAACGUUGGCACAAAUCGUCAAGCUGGUUGAAGAGGCUCAAACAUCCAAGGCACCGAUCCAACAGCUGGCUGACAAAAUAUCAGCCUACUUUGUUCCAUUCGUCAUAUCUAUAUCAGUCCUGACACUGAUCGUAUGGAUAACCAUUGGUUUUGUUGCGUAUGAUUCGAUAAAUCAUGAUUAUGAUAAAACAUUAUACACAGAAGCGGAGAUUACCUUCCAAUUCGCCUUUCGAUGUGCUAUCUCUGUGCUUGCCAUAGCAUGCCCUUGUGCCCUGGGCCUGGCCACGCCCACUGCUGUCAUGGUUGGUACUGGAGUUGGUGCCCAGAAUGGGAUUCUCAUCAAGGGUGGAGAGCCACUGGAGACUGCGCACAAGAUCCGAUCCGUCGUUUUUGACAAGACUGGUACGAUCACUCAUGGAAAGCCAGUUGUGACCCAGACAAAGCUUUUUGUGCCAUCAAAUGUUUGCUCACUGCGUCCAUUUCUUGCUAUUGUGGGAACUGCAGAGUCGAGCAGCGAACAUCCAAUCGGAGUCGCAAUCGCACAGAACUCUAAAGAGAUACUCGAAACUACUAGCCUCGGACACUGUCUUGAUUUCGAGGCUGUUCCAGGCCAUGGUUUGCAGUGCAUUGUCUCGAGUCUAAAAAACAUCAUUAAAGGGGAUUCAAUUGAUUUGAAGCCUUUAGACGGCAAUGAUAAUGACACAUACCAGGUACUAAUCGGAAAUCGCGAAUGGAUGUUGCAAAAUGGCCUACGUAUUGCUACGGACGUAGACGAGGUCAUGAUCCAACACGAGGAGAAGGGACAUACCGCAGUUCUUGCUGCAAUCAAUGGUGUGUUGGUCGGUAUGUUAGCCGUGGCCGAUACUAUUAAGGAAGAGGCCCCAUUAGCGAUCAGGACCUUGCAAGACAUGGGCCUUAAAGUCAUAUUGUUAACUGGCGAUAACAGAAAAACCGCCAACGCUAUUGCGUCACAAGUCGGCAUAACAGAAGUGAUAGCUGAAGUUUUACCAUCACAUAAAGUUGCUGCUGUCAAAGCAUUGCAGUCGAGAAGACAUAAGGUUGCCAUGGUAGGUGACGGCGUGAAUGAUUCCCCUGCGCUUGCCCAGGCCGAUGUUGGCAUUGCUAUUGGCACUGGAACUGAUGUAGCUGUGGAGGCGGCUGGCAUUGUCUUGAUCAAAAAUGAUUUGAUGGACGUCGUCGCUGCGAUGGAGCUCUCUCGCAAAACCGUGCGAAGAAUUCGCAUCAACUUUGUUUUUGCUUUCCUGUACAAUAUGAUCGGUGUUCCGAUUGCUGCUGGUGUACUGAAACCGAUAGGUUUUUCUUUAAGACCUUGGAUGGCCAGUGCUGCCAUGGCAAUGUCAUCAGUUUCUGUCGUCUUGUCAUCUCUUUUACUUAAAAACUGGAAAAAGAAGCAGUACGUCAGAAACAAUGAUGACUUCAAUGGUGUGACAUUUAAAGGAAGGACGGACUCUGGGGUCAUGGCUCUUAAUGAAAGCUCUGUAGAGGCAUCAUCUCGAUUUCUGAAACCAUUAAAAGAUACUCAGAUUUAUCAGUCUAAAAGAUCCACGGAGUUUUCAACCGUCCAACCUAGUGGCCAACUAAUAAAGAAAGCUUACACCAGUACAAACGAAGAUUUAGAACAAUGUGAAGUGCUGUUACUUAAUUCUGAAUUUCCGGUGUGAAGUUUACGGUUUUUAGCUGAUUUGGGAUAUAAAUAGAAGUAAAUUGUCAUAUGUUUUUUUUAUUGUCCAUUUUAACGAGGUAUAUAGUUAAUUGAUAUAAAAGGGUCUUUCCAAUUAUCAGAACUCACUUAAGCAAUUUUCGUACCCCCUUUCUUUCUUUUUUAAUCUGAAUGUGGUUCUUGACGAGCCAAAAAUGAUCCAGGAACGUUCUUUCCAGGUAAAAACUUUCACAUCUAGCCAAAAAACUGCCAAACACUAUCUACUACAGUACUGUUCAGUUACGCAUUUAGAUUUAUUAGGGUGUAGCAGUUUUCAUUAGUGAAAAGCAGUUUCAUGGCAGAAAAUCGGAAAAUUUAUACCUUGUAUCUACGGACAACGAUUUUUUUAACAUUGUAUGCUAUUCACAUGUAACUACCUGAAUUAGCUGGUUUUCUAAUCCACGUAUGCUCUCAAAACCUACAAUCUAUUGAUAAAAAUAUCAUAAUCAACAAAUUUUGUUGUUUGCAGAUUUUAGAAAAACAUAUCAACUUUAUAGAAAGGUAUUGAUUUUCAAAUAAUAUUGUGAUAUUCGCUAUUGUUUAUUUCACCCAAUGGACACUUUGUCCUUGCUGUAGUUCAUUAUAAUCUGUAUUCAUUAGCUUUUAGCUACA